GCGCCUGAGCCUGAAGGACCUUGGUUUGGGUUUUCCAAAAUUUUUUUUUUUUCUAAAGAGCGAGCACAGAACCGUCAUUUUCUGCACUGUCCCCAUACAUGGGGACAUUCUCUACUUUCUCAGGGAACUGCUCCCCAAGGAAUCCAGUUGGCCUCUCUUCCUGAAGGAAUCCUGCAAAAGGAAGCAUAUUGACACCAUAAAGCUACUGCCACUACAGAUUGGAGGAAAAGAAUGAAUGGCCCCUCUUUACCUCAUUCUGUAGGAUGGUGAAAACUGGGAAAGUGCUUAUCUGGUUGUGAGUGAAAACCCAGAGCAAGACAGUUGUCAGCUGAGCUGUUGGCAAUGAAGCCACUGGAGUUAGUGAAUUUGAAAGAUGUAAUUAUAGACUUCACCCAGGAAGAAUGGGCCCUGCUGGACACAUCCCAGAGAAAGCUGUUCAGAGAUGUGAUGCUGGAGAAUAUCAGUCAUCUGCUCUCAGUUGGACAUCAUGUCUGCAAGUCAGAUGUAGCUUCCCAGUUGGAUCAAGGAGAGGAAUUGUGGAAAGAAGGAAUUGGAUUUUUCCAAAGACAGAAUUCAGGCAUGGAAAUUGGUCUUAAAAAACAAGAAAUGUUAUCUAUGCAGCAUAUCUGCAGGGAAGACAUAUCUGCCAUCAUGUCACUGGAACAGAAUUCUCAUAUUCAAAAGAAUGACACUGUAUGUAGCAAAUUGCCAGAUUUUACUCACAGUUCCAAAGUGACUCAACAUGUUUUAACUCACAAGGGAAAGAAAUCCUACUUCAGCAAUCUGUUUGGAAAAGCCCAUAAUGACCAGUCAUCUUUUAAUCAACAAAAGCAUUUUCACACUAGAAGUAAAUCAUAUGAAUGUCCUCUAAUUGGUAAAUGUGUUAUAGAAAGCUCUGGCCUCACACAUUACAAUAGAACACACAUUGGAGAGAAACCCUAUGACUAUCAUCUAUGUCAGAAAGCCUUUACUCGAUGUUCUGUACUCAGAGAACAUGAGAGAACUCACACUGGAGAGAAACCUUAUCAAUGUCAUCUAUGUGGGAAAGCCUUCCCCCAUUAUUCUGACUUUAGAAAACAUGAGAGGUCUCACACUGGAGAGAAACCCUAUGAAUGUCUUCUAUGUGGGAAAGCCUUCACUCAACGUGUUCACCUGAGACAACAUGAGAGAACACACACUGGAGAGAAACCUUAUGAGUGUCAUCUAUGUGGGAAAGCCUUCACUCAAUGUUCUAACCUAAGAGAACAUAAAAGAACUCACAAUGGAGAGAAACCUUAUCAAUGUCACCUAUGUGGGAAAGUCUUCACCCAUUAUUCUAACCUCAGAAGACAUGAGAGGACUCACACUGGAGAGAAACCCUAUGAAUGUCUUCUGUGUGGGAAAGCCUUCAGUCAGUGUUCUAACCUGAGAGAACAUGAGAGAACUCACAGUGGAGAGAAACCUUAUGAAUGCCAUCUGUGUGGAAAAGCCUUCAGUCAGUAUUCUAGCCUGAGACAACAUGAGAGAACUCACACAGGAGAAAAACCUUAUGAAUGUCAUCUGUGUGGGAAAGCCUUCAAUAGAAUUUCUAAUCUUAAUGGUCAUGAAAGAAUUCACAAUGUUUAACAAUCCUGUGAAUGUCAUUUAUGUGAGAAAGCAUUUAACCAUUAUUCUAGCCUUAGACAAGAUGAGAGAACUCAGACUGGAGAGAAACCUUAUGAAUGUCAUUGAUGUGGGAAAGCCAUCACCCAUUGUUUUAGCUUUAGGAAACAGAAAAUUCACAGGGAGAGAUGCUGUAAGAAUAUCAUUUGUGUGUAAGAAUAUCAUUUGUGUGGGGAACUUUAGUUUUGUAGCAUUUUAACCUUAGACAACAUGAGAGAACUCAAACUGGAUUGAAAUCCUAUAAAUGCCCAUACAUGUGAAAGGCUUCAGUAUUCAGAUAUUAGACUACAUGACAGAACUUCUAUACUAUAAAUAUUUGGAAUUUGGAAGAGAUUUCAGCCCUUGAGUUAACCCUUUAAACAUACUAGAGAACUCACACACUGAAGAAACACCAUUUGUAAUCAAUCUGGUAGAGGUUUUUUGUUUGUUUUGUUUUCCAAAGAUAGUUUCUUCAAAAUUCUGCAACUGGGAGAAAUAUAUAUAGGAAUGUUUACACAUGCUUUAGUAAUUUAUUUCACUGUACAAUGCAUUCUGUGAAACACUACAGUAAAACUAACAAGAAAAUGAUUCAGUCACAAAUAAGAAUCUAUUUUACAGAAAGUAUUGAGUAAACUAUGAUGUCCUACAAGAUAUAUUUCUAUAACUUUUUCAUGACUUUGAGCUAUUGGUCAUUGGUCAUCUAUUACACUAUGUGUCUAAACAUCAAGAUGUCUACACUUUUGUUAUCUGUGAUGGGAAAGCUAUUAUGACCUCUCAGGGUAGAAUGUGUCCUUUUUGGUUAAAUUUGGUGGGCAAGGGUAGGCAACUCUCUAACUUUCAUCCCUUUAUGUUUUUCUACCCUCUAUUACUUUCACAGUUUCAAAUAAAAAUAUUAAUUUGUGUUUGUGUACAGUACAUCAUUACUGUUCUAGCACAGAAUUAUGUUAAUAAGUUUUUUAUAACUAACAAAAUGGUCCAAACACAUGAAGGAAACAUAAGCAGAUCACUUAGUUGUGCCACAGUAACACCUAGUAAAGUACCACUUCA